CGCAGCAGCACCGCUGGCCGGGAACUGGUCCGUCGGCGGCUCGUUCCCCCGCCGCCGCGUCCCGACUCCCUCCCGCCUCCGCCAGCGGCGACCGGCUCCAGCGCCAUGAGACCGGGGUGAGCCUCUCCACCUGAGCUGCAUCUCUCUUAGGCUGCGCCAGGCGACUCACUCAGGUGAACACGCGGUUGCCAGGGCAAGAGGAUGAGCGGGCAGCGUGUGGAUGCCAAAGUUGUGAUGCUGGGCAAAGAGUACGUGGGCAAGACCAGCUUGGUGGAGCGAUACGUUCACAACCGCUUCCUUGUGGGACCUUACCAGAACACAAUAGGUGCUGCGUUUGUAGCCAAAGUGAUGCCAGUGGGAGGUCGGACCGUAACCUUGGGAAUCUGGGAUACAGCUGGCUCAGAGCGUUAUGAGGCCAUGAGCCGGAUAUACUACCGUGGGGCAAAAGCUGCCAUUGUAUGUUAUGAUCUUACUGAUAGCAGCAGUUUCCAGAGAGCAAAAUUCUGGGUGAAUGAGCUGCAGAACUUUGAGGAGAACUGCAGGAUCUAUUUGUGUGGCACCAAGUGUGAUUUGUUGGACGAGGACAGGAGAAGGCGAGGAAUUGACUUCCAUGAUGUGCAGGACUAUGCGGAUGAGAUCAAAGCCGAGCUGUUUGAAACCUCCAGUAAGACCGGACAGAAUGUGGAUGAGCUCUUCAUGAAGGUGGCUGAGGAUUAUGCGCAGCUUACUGCCUUUCAGGAGAUGACAGAGGAGAAAGGAGUUGAUCUGAGCCAAAAGAACACUACCACCUACUUUUAUAGCUGUUGUCACCAUUGAGUUCUUUCCUUGUUUUGCCAAAGCAGCAGUGCUCCCCUCCUGGGAUAGCACUUCAUGCUGUCUUUGGAUGGUUCACGCGGUUUCCCUGCUCUAUGGAAUGUCUUGCCCUUUCGGACCUGUGGAGCAUCACUUGCUGGCACUUCUCCUUGGAAUGGUGGGGGGGGGGGAGAACACAGCACACACUGCGAGAUUUUCUGCUGCCUUGUUGACCAGAGACCUUGACUGCCUUGUGCUCCCAUCCCUUCCAGAGGCUGACUUAAAAUUCUUGACGCGCUUCAGGAAUUGCUUUUUCACAACUGGCUCUCGAACGCUGAA